AGCUACAUCAUUCGGAUCAUAAGGAACUUUAACACUUUUGAGAGCAUAUCAAAAUUUGGUACUCGUCUUUUUUACACGUCAAAAUUUUAUAAUUUCUUACAUUUUUUCGCCGUUCUGUUCGAUGAAGCAAAAUUAAUUUAUCAGUAGUACGACGUGUAUCCUGGUCCAGACUAUAAUACCCUCAACGUGUGAGCGUAAUCCAGCCACCAUGCAUUCUGGCUACAGACGAUCCCAGAGCGGGGAAGCGCCAUCCAUUCGCAGCAUUAUUUCGCCCUAUCGCUUGGUGCGUAGUGCCUCCGACAGCGUGGUUCCCAGUAGGACCAAUUUUAGUGGCAUCCGCCCGGUGAUAGCCGCCGAUUUGCCACCCAUGGAGCUGUCUGAAAAACUUACCGACACGCUAAAGUCGCAGUUAUCGCAGCACCAGGAUUUCCUCAAGUUGUCCCGGGGGAUCAGGGUGAAUUACAUAUUACAAUACGGCAGCAAUUGCGAUGAGACGUUCUUAAAGCAUGGCAGAGCCCUGAUCAAACUGCAGCAGGCCGUUGGCGACCUCACCUAUCUGGUCGAUCAACUGAAGCUGGCGUACGAGCCCGUUUCCUAUGGAAAGGUAGCCGUGCAGGCUCAACAUGCCGAUAAGCUGGCCCAGCUAUUUGAGAAACAGCUCACCGCCCGCAAUGAGCAGUUGGAGCAGCAGCUAGCUCGGGACACUUCACUCCCAAGUCGUCCUAACGAUUCCCGCACGCGCAAGGCCGAAAUGGAAGAAACUAUUAAGAACCUGCGCGCUUGGCGUUUCAACUAAGGCCAGCAAAUCGAAUGUCAAUAUACGAGGAUGAUCUGUGAUGAUGCCUUGGUUUUGGAGACGAAUUUAUAUAUAUACAUGUCUUUGGUAAUCCACCUGGACUGGAACGUUCUACUUUCAUACUGAUUCAGGAUCAGUAUGACUUCCACUUCAACUCCAAAUUAAUCGAGUGCACCG